CUGUUCUGUGUUUAUCCGCUCAACUAUCUACCACUUCAAGGACGAGAACGCGAGACUAAACUAUCAAGUAUUCCUGUAAACAAAUGUAAGUUGGGAUAUCAUUAUGGCUUCUUAUGCAGCAGAAAUGCACGCUUCUCCCCGUCGUGAAGUCUCACAUUAUAAACAGUUUCAAAAUUCAUCUGACUCGUAUGGUAACAAAGCAAACUCAUCUACUCAUUCUAACGAUAAUUAUAAAAGUCCGUUCGAACGAACUAAUCAAUCAGUUUCAUCUUACUCAGACAUGAAUCCUGUAACAAGCCAACUACAACAACAGCAUCCACAAUACCAUUCUUCAGAUCUGUGUAGUUUCCAAUGUCAGCCAGAGUCCAAUGCGAGGACGCUACCUAAUUUCGAAACUACGAAUUGUAUUCCUUCAGUUUAUACAAGUCCAGACUAUAAUUUAAACAGUCCAGACUUAUACACACAAACCAAUCACCUACAAUCUUAUAUACAUCGUGUAUCUUGCUGUUUGCCUCAAUGUCCACAAUGCCCUCCAUACAAUCUUUUUUCUCAAUCUUUUUCAAACAAUGGAGCAACUUUACAACCAUCUUUACUAUUAUCUCCAACUGUAUUGAAUAACUAUUCCAAUUCAGCACUGUGUUUUCCGUCAACUGCUCAAAUGCCAUAUUAUUUUUGGUACAAUCAGGAUCCUGAAUAUCAGAAACAAUAUUAUCAAACUCAAAUCAAUAUGUCUAAGUUGAAUCUAGACCAUUCAUCUCCAAAUACAUGUAUGAUGAUUCAAUCAGAAUCAGAUCCUAUGCGCGGAUCUGUGCCGAAUCAAACACAUCAAACUGAAACAAAUUAUUCCAUAGAUCCAAAUGCUUUUGCUUCAGUAUCUUUGUCAGGAACUUCUAAUACAAUUGUUCAUCCAUCUAGUUUAACUAUGCCUAUUGCUCAAUCUGUCACUGUCGUUACCACUCUAUCUACUACUACUACGAUUACUACUACUAGUACUACUACUACUACUACUAUAAAUAAUAAUAAUAACAUAUCUUCAAAAACAAAUGAAUCAUGUGUAAUCAAUCAAUUAGAUUAUUCCAAUACUUCAUUAUAUGCAAACAGUAACAGUACACCAUUAAGCAAUCAAUUAAAUGGAGGAUAUACAACACUCCCUAUAGAUGGUGUCUAUGAUCCAAUCAACAGUGCAUGGUAUCCUGGUUAUUGGAAUUCUAAUAAUCUAUGGAUGUCAACAGCAACACCUCAAGGUAGUUAUUUAACAACAUCGUUCAAUAAUAAUAAUAAUAAUAUUAAUAAUAAUAGUAAUAAUACUACAUCCUCUUCAUUUUCACCUAAUCCACAAUCAUUUAACACAGAUGAAUAUGCAAUUCUACAUCAACAAUAUGUAAAUACAAUGAAUAAUGAUUUUGCUGGUAUUCUUAAUACUGGAAAUAAUAAUAAUAAUAAUAAUCAACUUUAUCAUUUAACCGAUUUGACAACAAAUUAUACUAAUCCAUCAACAGAUAGAAUGAUUACUGGUAAUCAGCAACCACCUUUAACUAAUUACAACAACUACAACUACAACAACACUGUUUCAUCAUCGUCAUCAUCAUCAAUAAAACUGGCUGUAACUUCUUUAUCAUCAACACCAGUUAGUAAAUUCUCAUCAUCAGCAUCAUCAUCAUCAGCAGCAGCAUCAACAUAUUCGUCGUCGUCAGCAGCAUCCAAUCAAACAUUGUCAUAUUACACUAAUCCAAAAUCAAAUUAUUCUUUAACAAAUUUACAAAAUAUUCAAUAUUGUUCUUAUCCUCUAUCAUUUUACAACACCAACAAUGUCAAUAUUAUCAAUAGUAAUGAUAGUAAAAACAAUAAUAAUAGUAAUAAUAAUCAUACUGUUGCGUCUGUGGUUGCUCACAAUAAUAUUCAUAACAGUAGUAGUAGUAAUAAUAAUAUUAGUAACAACAACAGCACUAAUGAUAAUAUGCGCUUAAUUUUAACCAUAUUAGCUAAUUCACGAGCAAAUACUACAGCAGUUGUUAGUCCAAAUAUUAUGCCGAAUCCUUAUCGUUAUAGUCCAGAUCGUAAUAGUUUAUUGUGUAAUAAUCGUCAAAAACUAUUGCCUAUAGAUCCAAUUUCAUGUAAUACAAACAUUACUCGAUCUAUGUGUAAAGUAUUUUCACAAUCUGAGUUGGCACGUUUAAAUUUAAAUGUUAAUCCAAUACAUUUUGAUGCAUCACUAGUGCAUAGAGCUCGUUAUUUCAUUAUUAAAUCAGACUAUGUGUACAAUGUGCACCAGUCAAUAAAAUAUGGUGUUUGGUGCUCAACUCGUACUGGUAAUCAAUGUUUAGAUGAAGCAUAUCAUUCAGUACGUGGUUCUACGGCUACAAUAACACCGAUGCCUGCCACUAUCACUCAUGUCAAUAAUCAAGAUGGUAAUGAUAAGUUAAUCAGUGAUAAUAGCAAUGUUGAUGAAGUUCCAGUCGCUGAUAAAUCGAUAUUAGCUGAUAACAAUGGAAAACUACAAUCAGGUGAAGAUGAGAACGUGACAGAGAUGUCUACUUCUACAACAACAACUGCAACAACUACGACUACUACCACUGAUAAUGAUAAUCAAUGUAAGAAAUCCCAUCCAACCAACUAUCCUGUUCAAAGUCCAAAUACUUUAUCUGAUGAUGGUACAACUGCACCUGUCUUGUCUGUUUGUUCUACCACGUGUACUACUACUACUACUGCCACUACUACUACUACUACUACUACAAAUGAAAUCAAUAACAAUGAAAAAUUCGAUACAACAAACGUUACAACAAUGAAAACCAAUGUACAUGAUCCAUGUAAAUCAGUAACAACUACCACUUCAACAAUUUCGACAGAAAAUAAUAAUGAUCAAAACAUGACUAAAUCAAAAAGAACUCCAACAUCUACAUUGAAUUACAAUGUAAACUCUUCUGCUGGACAUAUUAUUCUAUUUUUUUCUGUACGAGAAUCUGGAUAUCUUACUGGAGUUGCUGAAAUGAUCAGUCCGGUUAAUUCACAAAAACGUUCAACAAUAUGGCAAGAUUUACGAUUUCGAGGAGAAUUCGCUGUCAAAUGGUUGUAUAUUAAACAAAUUCCAAAUCAUGCUAUUAAACAUAUCUUAGUUGAAUGUUAUGAUAAUCGUCCAGUGACAGUAUUACGUGAUACCAGUGAAAUUUUACCACCGUCUAAAGGUGAAGAACUAUUACGUAUUGUACAUGAUUAUGGCUUAUCCACAGCAUCGUCAUCAUCAUCAACAUCAUCAACAACAACAACAGUACCAAUUAUGUCGUCAUCAUCCAUGUCAACAACAUCAUCAUCUUAUUAUUCCAUUGGAGGUGGUAUGAAAUCAUCUUACAAGAAAACUAAUAACAACUAUGACAAAUUAUCUAUGACUAAAUCCAAUUCAUCGGAUUCCAAUGAAUUAAAAAAUAAUCAUCACAAAAUGAUUCAUACUACUAAUACUAGUAGUAGUUUCACUAGUUCAUCAUCAUCAUCUACUAUCAUGAGUAAUAAUAAUAAUAAUAAUAAUAAUAAUAAUAAUAAUAAUAAUAAUAAUAAUAGCUCUUCAGUAAGUGUAUGUUCAUCGAUUGCUGAGAAUAAUAAUUCAAAUCAACGCUUGAAAAAUUCUCCGUCUACAAUUGUAUAA